AUGAAUGGAAGGUCAUGCAGCAUGAAUCUCCACCGGACAUCGGGAACCCCACAGGGGCCUGGGAUGGUCAGUGGCCAACAGAUUCCUCCCAUCCGAGCCCACUCAGGGACUCCUGGCCCAUCGUCCUGUGGUAGCACACCAAGCCCUGCUAUGGGAAGCCUUGCUAACAGCCUCCAUCUCAAGAUGCUCUCGGGAGGAGGGAUGGCUCCUCAGAGCAACAUGGCUGAGAGCCCCAUCCAUCUGCCUGCCUUGAGCCCCAGGAGACAAGUGCUCACCAAUGGAAAGCCACGAUUCCAGGUCACCCAGGCCGGAGGCAUGUCAGGGCCACACACUUUAAAGCCAAAGCAGCAGGAGUUUGGAAGCCCUUUUCCUCCAAAUCCUGGGAAAGGGGCUCUUGGCUUUGGGCCUCAGUGCAAGUCCAUUGGAAAAGGCAGCUGCAACAAUCUAGUGGUCACCAGCAGUCCCAUGAUGGUUCAGCGACUGGGACCCAUUUCACCUCCAGCAAGCCAGGUCUCUACAGCAUGCAACCAGAUCAGUCCUAGCUUACAGAGGGCAAUGAAUGCAGCCAACCUGAAUAUACCUCCUUCAGAUACCAGGUCCCUUAUUUCGCGUGAGUCUUUGGCGUCCACGACUUUGAGUCUGACGGAAAGUCAGUCGGCCUUGAGCGUGAAACAAGAGUGGUCUCACGGCUACAGGGCUCUCCCUUCGCUCUCCUCCACCCAUGGCUCUCAGAAUGGCAUUGAUCUAGGGGAUCUCCUCAGCCUUCCUCCUGGGACAGCCAUGUCCAGCAACAGUGUCUCUAACUCAUUGCCCUCCUACCUUUUUGGCAUGGAAAAUAGCCACUCUCCUUACCCUAGUCCCCGGCACUCUUCGGCCAGGUCCCACUCAGCCCGCUCCAAGAAGAGAGGGCUGUCCUUGUCCCCGCUGUCCGAUGGCAUUGGGAUAGACUUCAAUACCAUCAUCCGCACUUCGCCCACGUCCUUGGUCGCCUACAUCAACGGGUCGAGGGCUUCCCCAGCCAACAUGUCCCCGCAGCCUGAAGUCUAUGGGCAUUUCCUGGGGGUGCGCGGCAGCUGCAUUCCCCAACCGUGCUCUGUGCCAAGCAGCCAGAAGGGUGUGCGGGUGCCCAGCGGCGGCGUGGCGCUCCCAGCGUACGGCGAGGACGGCGCGCUGGAGUACGAGCGCAUGCAGCAGCUGGAGCACGGCGGCCUCCAGCCCGGCCUGGUCAACAACAUGGUGGUGCAGCAUGGCCUGCCGGGCCCCGACGGCCAGCCGGCCAGCUUGCUGAAGACUGAGCGCCUGGAUGAUUUCUCGGGCAGCGCCCUGGACCUGCCCCCUGCGCCCCCUCUGCCUCCUCUGCCGCCACCGCCCCAAGGCCCCCCGCCCCCCUACCACGCCCACCCACACCUGCACCACCAAGAGCUCGUCCCCCACGCCCAGCCGCUGGCCCUGCCCCCGAGCGCCCUGGAGGAGGAUGGGGAGAUGGACGACGCCGUCGGGGGCAAGCACUGCUGUCGCUGGAUCGACUGCAGCGCCAUGUAUGAGCAGCAGGAGGAGCUUGUGCGGCACAUAGAGAAGGUGCACAUAGACCAGCGCAAAGGCGAAGACUUCACUUGCUUCUGGGCCGGUUGUCCUCGAAGGUACAAGCCAUUCAACGCCCGCUAUAAACUGCUGAUCCACAUGAGAGUCCACUCCGGGGAGAAGCCCAACAAGUGUACGUUUGAAGGUUGCAAGAAGGCCUUUUCAAGGCUUGAAAAUCUCAAGAUUCACUUGCGGAGCCACACGGGCGAAAAGCCGUAUUUGUGCCAGCAUCCGGGCUGUCAGAAGGCGUUCAGUAACUCCAGCGACCGUGCCAAGCACCAGAGGACACAUCUGGACACUAAACCUUACGCUUGUCAAAUUCCAGGAUGCACCAAACGCUACACAGACCCAAGUUCCCUAAGAAAGCACGUGAAGGCACAUUCUUCCAAAGAUCAACAAGCAAGGAAAAAGUUGCGGUCCAGUGCAGAGAUCCAUCCUGACCUGCUCACGGAUUGCCUCACCGUGCAGCCCCUGCAGCCAGCCACUUCCCCACGAGAUGCUGCUGAUGCGGUGGUGGGACGCUCCCCGGGGCCCGGGCCUGACCUCUAUUCAGCUUCCAUUUUCUCCAGCAAUCAUUCAAGCCGAAGCGGAACAGCUGCCGGGGCCGUGCCGCCCCCACAUCCUGUCAGUCACCCUUCUCCGGGACAUAAUGUACAGGGGAGCCCCCACAACCCCUCCUCCCAGUUACCUCCCCUCACAGCUGUGGACGCAGGAGCUGAGAGGUUUGCACCUUCUGCUCCAUCUCCUCACCACAUCAGCCCCCGGAGAGUUCCAGCUCCUUCUUCAAUAAUGCAGAGAACACAGCCUUCCCAUACCCAGCAGCCGUCAGGAUCACACCUGAAGUCUUAUCAGCCAGAAACAAACUCUUCUUUUCAACCAAAUGGAAUCCAUGUCCAUGGAUUUUAUGGGCAGCUGCAGACAUUCUGCCCCCCGCAUUACCCUGACUCCCAGAGAACCGUGCCGCCCAGCAGCUCCUGCAAUGUGGUGCCUUCCUUCGAGGACUGCCUGGUCCCCACAACCAUGGGCCAGGCUGGCUUUGAUGUUUUCCACAGAGCCUUCUCAACUCACUCGGGCAUUACAGUGUACGAUUUGCCUUCAGGUUCCUCAAGCCUCUUUGGGGAGUCUCUUCGCAGUGGGCCUGAAGACACCACAUUCUUGCAGAUCAGCGCUGUGGACCGCUGUCCUAGCCAGCUCUCCUCUGUUUAUACUGAAGGCUAACAGCUCUCCUGGCCUCCACUACCACUGGCGGACCGUUUUGUUGCU